CAAUUCUUCCUGAUGAUUUGACAAUAAAUAUAAGCCGUUAGAAGAGAAAGAGCCAUCAUGGUCUACCUAAGAAAGGGAGACUAUGUGUGGAUUGAACCCAAGGUCCAGGGGGAGUUUGAUGUGUCUAUUGGGGCUAAAGUGAAGUCUAUUGAUGCUUCCCAGAUAGUAUUAACAGAUGAUGAUGGAAAGGACCACUUUGUCAAGCCUAAUACCAAGCUAAAGCCUAUCCAUGUCAGUUCUAUAGCUGGCAUAGAGGACAUGAUUGGACUGGGGGACCUCAAUGAGUCUGGCAUCCUGAGGAAUCUGUACAUUCGUUACUAUGACAACCAUAUUUAUACAUACACUGGUUCCAUUUUGGUGGCUGUCAAUCCCUACCAGAUCCUCCCCAUCUACACAUCAGAGGAAAUAAAGCAAUACAGAGACAAGAAGAUCGGUGAACUUCAACCACAUAUAUUCGCUAUUGCUGAUAACUCAUACAAUAAUAUGCGGAGGUAUCAUCAUGACCAGUGUGUCAUCAUCAGUGGAGAAUCAGGUGCUGGUAAAACAGAGUCAACCAAGUUGAUCCUUCAGUUCCUGGCAGCAGUCAGUGGUCAACAUUCCUGGAUAGAACAACAAAUCCUAGAAGCUAACCCCAUCAUGGAGGCAUUUGGAAAUGCCAAAACUAUACGAAACGACAACAGUAGUAGAUUUGGAAAGUAUAUUGAUAUCCACUUUAACGAGAAAGGGAGUAUAGAGGGAGCUAAGAUCGAACAAUAUUUGCUGGAGAAGUCACGUAUUGUAAAUCAGAUGCAUGAUGAGAGAAACUACCAUAUAUUUUACUGCAUGUUAGCUGGUCUCACAAAUGAACAGAAACAGAAACUAGACCUGCUAUCCGUUGAUCAGUACAACUAUUUAAUACAGGGUGGAGAUACAACAUGUGAGGGUCGAGAUGAUGCCAAGGAAUUUGCAGAUAUUCGAUCUGCAAUGAAAGUGCUCAUGUUCAGUGACCAGGAAGUCUGGGAUAUCUUAAAGACCCUCUCUGCCCUGCUGAGCUUAGGUAACAUUAGGUACACAGAAAAGGAAGUGAAGAAUUUAGCAGCCUCUGACAUCAAAGAUAUUUCCUAUGUGAACAAAGCAGCUAGGUUAUUAGAGGUCAGGGCAAAUGACCUUAAAGAAGCACUGACCACCAAAACUAUAUUUGCACAAGGAGAGACAGUUGUCUCUACAAUGGACACUGGCCAAUGUCUGGAUGUUAGGGACGCUUUUGUGAAGGGUAUUUACGGGCGAAUGUUCAUCUGGAUCGUGGAAAAAAUCAACAAUGCAAUUUUUAAACCUAGAAAAAUGAAAGGAGCUUAUAGGAAGUCUAUAGGAGUGCUGGAUAUCUUCGGUUUUGAGAACUUUGAUAAAAACAGUUUUGAGCAGAUGUGUAUUAACUAUGCCAAUGAGAACCUACAGCAGUUCUUUGUGAGACACAUCUUCAAACUGGAACAGGAAGAAUACAACAAUGAGUCCAUCACCUGGCACCAUAUAGAGUUCGUUGACAACCAAGAUGCCUUAGACAUGAUUGCAGUGAAGCCACUCAAUAUUAUUGCCCUUGUUGAUGAGGAAUCCAAGUUUCCACGGGGUAACGAUGCUAGUAUGUUGAACAAAUUACAUGCCACUCAUGGCAACAACAGGAACUACUUAAAGCCCAAAUCUGACAUCAAUGUCAUGUUUGGACUGAACCACUUUGCUGGGGUUGUGUUUUAUGAUUCUAGAGGUUUCCUUGAGAAGAACAGGGACACAUUUAGUAGUGAUCUAGUACAGCUCAUACAGACCUCUGGCAACAAGUUCCUUAGCAAGAUGUUUGAGAAGGAGUACACAAUGGGUACAGAGACGAGGAAACGUACCCCAACACUUGGCACACAGUUCAAGAAAUCUCUAGAAUCCUUGAUGAAGACUCUAAGUGCUUGUCAGCCAUUCUUUGUGAGAUGUAUCAAGCCGAAUGAACAAAAGAAGCCAUUGAUGUUUGACAGAGAACUGUGUACACGUCAGCUGAGGUAUUCUGGGAUGAUGGAGACCAUUAGGAUCAGGAGGGCGGGAUAUCCAAUACGUCAUAGAUUUGCUGAAUUUGUAGAUCGAUACCGCCUUCUAGUGUCUGGGGUACGGCCUGCUCAGGUAGAGGAAUGUAAAGGUGCAACACUAAAAAUCUGCAAAGCUGUGCUAGGAUCUGCUGAUUUCCAACUUGGGAAAACCAAGGUCUUUUUGAAGGAUGCCCAGGACGUGUUUCUGGAGCAGGAAAGAGAGCGAGUGCUUGCGGCCAAGAUCAUUGUCAUCCAAAAGGUGCUAAAGGGUUGGUUCACCCGCAAGAAGUACCAGCGAAUGAGGCAGUCUAUUGUCCUAUUACAGGCUGUAUUGAAGGGGUAUGCAGCUAAAAAGCGAUAUGAAAAGAUGCGUCAAGGUAUGAUGCGAAUGCAGGCCUUGUAUCGUUCUCGUAUGCUGACAAACCGCUUCAACCAACUCCGCUCAAAAAUGAUUGAGUUCCAGAAAUAUUGCCGUGGUUACCUGGCACGUCGUCAAGUUGAGAGACGCCACAAGGGUGUACUGGUCUUGCAGUCUGCAAUACGACGUGCACUCGCACAGAAGCUGUAUCAAAGGAUGAAGAUUGAGCAUCGCAAGAGAAUGGAGGCUGAGCGCAUGCGUCGUGAAGAGGAAGAGAAAUUACGGCGCCAGAUGAAUGCAAAGAAGGCAAAGGCAGAAGCUGAAAGACUGCAUCAGGAGCGUCUGAAGAAAAUUGAAAAGGAGGCCGAGGAGGAACAAGACCGACAGCGCAAGGAAAUGAUUCAGAAGAAAACUGCAAUUGAGAAUGCUGAACUACGCAAGAAUGAGCCAGUGGAUGACGGCAAAAUGGUUGAUGAUAUGUUUGGCUUCAUUAAUGAUCAGUCAGGAGAUUCUGAAACAACUGGACCAGCAGCCUUCAAGGAUUUGGAAGAGUCGCGAAAACGAGCCAUGCAGGAAAAUGGCUACGACACAGUCAGAUUACCUGUACCCCUCAUGGACGAUGAUGAAGACAUCUCUGAGUAUAAGUUCGCUAAAUUUGCUGCCACUUACUUCCAAGGAAACACCAAUCAGGAGUAUAUAAGAAGAGUAAUCAAGCAGCCAUUGUUACAGCUGAAGAAUGAAGGAGAUCAAUUGGCAUCACUAGCUGUCUGGAUUACUAUCCUGCGAUUUAUGGGAGAUCUUCCAGAACCCAAAUACCACACAUCAAUGUCUGACUCAAAAGAUACAACACCAGUUAUGACGAAGAUCUACUCCACUCUUGGACGCAAGUUCAAUAAGAAAGACUUGGAAGAGGCUCAACGUAUGGGAACAGAACUUGAGAAAGAACCUACACUACCAGCAAGGGCUGCAAAAAGAAGUAUGCGCAAAAAGCUCGUCUCAUUGACGCUGAAAAAGAAGUCAAAGAUCACUGAAGAAGUUGCUAACAAAUUAAAAGAUGGCGAGUACACAGGAUCAGGAAAUGCACUCCUUGAAGAUCGACCAACUUCAAAUCUUGAGAAAUUACAUUUUAUCAUUGGUCAUGGUAUCCUCAGACCUGAAUUGAGGGAUGAGAUUUACUGCCAGAUCUGUAAACAGCUGACUAAGAAUCCUUCCAAGAGCUCACAUGCCAGAGGCUGGAUCCUACUAUCUCUUUGUGUAGGAUGCUUUGCACCCUCGGAAAAGUUUGUAAAGUACUUGAGAUGCUUUAUCAACGAUGGUCCACCUGGAUACGCCCCCUAUUGUGAGGAGCGAUUGAGACGUACAUUUGGUAACGGAACCAGGAACCAGCCACCCAGUUGGCUAGAGCUUCAGGCCACAAAAUCGAAGAAACCAUUGAUGCUGCCUAUUACUUUCAUGGAUGGAAACACAAAGACAUUGCUCGCAGACUCUGCCACGACUGCACGAGAACUCUGCCAGCAGUUGUCUGAAAAAAUAGGUCUUGGAGAUCAGUUUGGAUUCUCACUUUAUAUUGCUCUAUUUGAUAAGGUGUCAUCACUGGGCAGUGGAGGAGAUCACGUCAUGGAUGCUAUCUCACAAUGCGAGCAAUACGCCAAAGAGCAAGGAGCACAAGAAAGAAAUGCACCUUGGAGAUUGUUCUUCAGAAAGGAGAUUUUCGCUCCAUGGCACGAUCCCAGUGAGGAUGCCAUAGCAACCAACCUGAUCUACCAACAAGUAGUCCGUGGAAUCAAGUUUGGCGAAUACAGAUGUGAUAAGGAUGAAGAUCUUGCAAUAAUAGCUGCUCAGCAGUACUACAUUGACUAUGGGGCAGAUAUGAUACCUGAACGUCUGCAAUCCUUACUGCCAUCAUACAUUCCUGACAGCAGUUUACAACCUGGAAAAUCCCUCAGUUAUUGGAUGAAUGCAGUAAUGGGAGCACACAAGAAAAGUUACUUUGCCAGGGAUCGAGUUCCACCACUUCGUGUUAAGGAGGACAUUGUCAAUUAUGCUAAAUACAAAUGGCCACUGUUGUUCUCUAGAUUUUACGAAGCUUAUAAAUUUGCUGGUCCUAGCCUGCCGAAGAAUGAUGUCAUUAUUGCUGUCAAUUGGACUGGAGUUUACGUGGUAGAUGACCAGGAACAAGUUUUGCUGGAACUGUCAUUCCCAGAAAUCACUGCUGUUUCCAGUAGCAGAACUGGCAAGAUGCAUGGGCAGAGCUUUACUUUGGCUACUGUAAAAGGUGACGAGUACACUUUCACGUCACCAAAUGCAGAAGACAUCCGUGAUCUUGUUGUCACAUUCCUCGAGGGACUGAAGAAGAGGUCAAAGUUUGUUAUUGCUCUCCAGGACUAUAAAUCUCCAGGUGAAGGAUCAUCGUUCCUAAGCUUUACUAAAGGCGACCUGAUCAUUCUGGAGCAAGAGAAUGGUGAGGCCGUCAUGAACUCCGGAUGGUGCUACGGGGAAUGUGCACGUACGGGACAGAGAGGAGAUUUCCCUGCUGAAUGCGUAUACGUCCUACCCACCAUUACAAAGCCACCUCCAGAGAUCUUGAACUUGUUCGCACAGACUUCUGGCGAGGCCUCCGAAAAAAUGGCUGCUGUUUCCCAAGCUGCAAUGGCUCCAUCUGAACCCACAGAAAAGCCGCAUACUUUAGAGGAGUACUCAUACGACCACUUUAGGCCCCCACCUAAGAGGACCCUUACAAAGACCCUGUCUCUCUCAAGUGCUAAACGACGCAAGGCAGAUGAACUCUGGCGUUAUUCAAAGGAGCCCCUGAAACAGCCACUUCUGAAGAAACUACUGGGCAAAGAUGAACUGGUACAAGAAGCUGUUAUGUGCUACCUAGCAUUACUCAAGUAUAUGGGAGAUCACCCUUCAAGGAGGAGCAGAAACGGAAAUGAGCUCACAGAUCAGCUUUUUGAGCCUCCACUGAAAAACGAACUUCUAAGAGAUGAGAUCUAUUGUCAAAUCAUCAAACAGCUGACUGACAACAGGAAUCGUGUCAGUGAGGAGCGUGGCUGGGAGUUGAUGUGGCUCGUCACUGGAUGUUUUGCACCGAGCACCAAUCUACUGAAGGAAGUUACGUUAUUCCUCAGAUCCAAGAUCAACCAGUUUGCCCCUGAUUGCCUGAAUAGACUGCAAAAGACAUUAAGGAAUGGACAAAGAAAGUACCCCCCUCACCAGGUAGAAGUAGAAGCCAUACAACACAAGACAACACAGAUAUUCCAUAAAGUCUACUUCCCCGACGACUCUGAUGAGGCAUUUGAGGUUGACUCAAGCACCCGGGCCAAGGACUUCUGUCAGAACAUUGGGAGCCGUUUAGAUUUGAAAUCUUCUGAGGGCUUCAGCCUCUUUGUAAAAAUAGCUGACAAAGUCAUCAGUGUACCAGAAGGUGAUUUCUUCUUCGACUUUGUAAGACAUUUAACUGAAUGGAUUAAAAAAGCACGCCCGGCAAGAGAGGGUAUCAACCCACAGUUUACGUAUCAAGUGUUUUUCAUGAAGAAACUGUGGUCUACAACUGUACCAGGAAAAGAUAGAAAUGCUGAUGUUAUCUUCCAUUAUCAUCAAGAACUUCCCAAAUUGCUACGUGGCUACCACAAAUGUACUAAGGAUGAUGCUUCAAUUCUGGCGGCAUACAUCUACAGAGUCAAAUUAGGAGAUGACAAAACUGGACUUCAGAAUAUCCCACGGAUGAUGCGUGAACUUGUACCUGCUGACUUGCAUCGAUCACAGAGUCCAGAUGACUGGCGAAGGGCAAUUGUACAAAAUUAUAACAAGAACGCCAGUAUGAACCAAGAAGAAGCCAAGAUAGCAUUCCUUAAACACAUCUAUAGAUGGCCUACAUUCGGCUCUGCUUUCUUUGAAGUGAAGCAAACUACAGAGCCUAAUUUCCCAGAAAUUUUAUUGAUAGCAAUCAACAAACUUGGAGUGAACCUGAUACAUCCCCAGACAAAGGAGAUACUUGCUACCCACCCAUUCACUAAAAUCUCUAACUGGAGUAGCGGGAAUACAUAUUUCCAUAUGACAAUAGGCAAUCUAGUACGCGGCAGUAAAUUGUUAUGUGAGACUUCUUUGGGAUACAAAAUGGAUGAUCUCUUGACGUCAUACAUCAGUCUCAUGCUCACAACUAUGAACAAACAACGGACAUUGCGGAGAUAACACAGCCCCAUCUAUUGAUCGUGGACUGAUUUCUGUCCUAACAAGGACCUUUUUGGUCAGAGAAACAAGAAAGAAAAGCUUAUAAGUAGUUAUCAAUUAUUGAAUGUUCAGGUUUUUAUUUAAUUUAAUUUCAAAAAAUUUUCUUUUUAUUUCUGUUCAAAAAAAAGAAAGUUUUUGGAAUUGACUCAAAUGUUAAUAUAUUUAUUAAAUGUUUUGUAUGAGAAACUUGUAUUGAGAAGUUUAUGAUAUUUUUUUGCAAAUAGGCAUUGGUUCAAUAAAACACUUAAAGAGAAACAAUACGAUAAGCAGAAGGAUAGAUGCAUUAUGGGUAAUCAUGACCCCACCAUAUAUAUUUUUCAGUAUAGUUAAUCUCGCACUUUAUUCUCACCAUUUUUUCGUGUGAAUAUUAAGCAUGAUGGGAUUUAAUUGAUGGAGAGAAAUGAGGAAAAUAAAUUGUUAAACAAAAUGAAUUGUUUGAAAGAGUAAUCUAAUUGUUGAAAAAUUGGUUGAAAAGUUCAACUAAAAAGUUUAUUUUAUAAUUAAGCAACAGUGUAUAUUAGUUAGGGUGCAUAUUAAAUUAUCCUCCGAUCACAUGGCUUCAAAAUCCAGAAUAUAAUCUUUCUCUUUUUCCCCUGCGAUAAGCAGUUAGCAUU